GUAUGUUUGUAUGUGUGAGAGGGAGAGUGGAUGCAUGUUAGAGGUGAGGGUUAGAGUGAAUGAACGAGCAUACAUGUAUGAGAGAGAGAGAGAGAGAGAGAGUACCAUUCCAUAUACCCGCUCUUAGCGUAUUUUUGGCGUAUUUUUAGGCUCACAGUUUUGGCCCAACUUUCAGCUUCCUUUCGGCAAACCUCUUGGCUUAUUAGCAUGGCACAAGACCAUACUUUCUAUACAAUUUUGGCCCGUUUUUGGAUCUCCCUUGAGGCAUAUUACUUUCGACUUUCGGUCAUCUGAAUAAAUGUUUCUGUAAUGUAUACACAAGUCGUCUGUUUUCUCUACAGUGUUUCUUCCUUACAGCUAAUAAUAUAUGGGCGACAGCAGCAUCGCAAUAUUGGCCAAAUCCCAAGAUUUCCGAACAUGAGACAUAAAUUCAUAUGGAUAUUGUUAAAAAGUGAAUGCUGCCUCUAUAUUGCUGUGCUGCUGUGUCCCAAUUUCAUGAUCUGCACUUAGCAGAAGAUUUCUAAAUAGGUGGGGUUACCUUAAGAUCAGACACUUCUAAAUGUUUAUGUGGCGACAAUUGUGACACGGGAUAUUCUCUGAGGACAGCUCUCUGAUACUUUGUUAUCUGGAAUAAAUUUUAUAUUCCAAUAUAAUAGCUAAUCGUUUCUAAUGUAACAAUAAUUGUGGCUUCCUUUAUAAAGGAGUGCGAAUCGAGAAUUGCCUUUCUUCUCUAAAACACAAGUGUCGCCACAUGGGAUAUAUUACGAGCACUUCACCCAACUAAUAGCAGUAGUCGGACAAGGGAUUGAGAGUGAUCUCCCUUCGCCUCAGUCAAUAUUGGAUUCCACUCGUCUCAUCACCUCACUGCUGGUCUUUUGGCCCGUGGUCUUCAGAAAUUGCAGAGGGCAUGCUUUUAUACAUAGGCCGAGGCCAGGCGCAAGUAGAAAGCCUAUAUUGACACCCACUUGUAUGCAAGAGUAGAUUAAUAUAUAUAUAUAUAUGACGUAAUAUUCGUAUCUGGCAUUCUACAAAAAUACCUAAAUGAUACAAGGGGUCUGAAUUCUACCCCUGUACGUCCACAUCAAGGUUUUCAAAAUGGGACGGUCAAUAGGAUUUCUCUGACUGUGAGUGUGUGGGUGGCUAGGAUUUUUUCAGAAAAAAAUAUAUUGUCUCCAAAGUUGAUUGAAAACUAAAUAUGCUUCCAUCUGUUGGACAAAAAGAACAUGUCGGCCACCAAAAAUACGUUGUUGCAAGGUGGGUUUUUGAAAAAUGUUUUAUUUAGGCUCAUAGUUUAUAUUAACUGAUUUUGCAUUUGUAGCUGCAAAAUAUCUAGUCUCCAUACAAAAUCCAACGUCGCCCACUCCCCCUUCCAAAGGAACAUGAAAUGGUCGGCCCCUCAGGCCUAGUGUAGUAAAAACCAAUAUGCUUGUCAUUUAUUGUUUCUCUCCUAUUAGCUUUUUUCUGUGGUCGUCGUGUUUCCAGAUUAGAAAUCAAACCAAAUAAGAACUGUCGCUGCACACGUUGGAAAAUACCAGUACCAUUGAACUUUUAUUUUAUCCCUGUAGGCUUGGGAAUAAUUCCCAAAUCCCACUUGGAUUAUCAGAGAUGUGCAUUCUUACUAGCCUGCUAGCCCGUGUCAGUUUGUCGAAUGUAAAAGGUAUUGUGAAGGCUAGUAUAAUAGAGGGUCGUUAUAUGGUAUCGCUAUUCGGCAUAGCAAACGUUUAAGGUUAAUGUCCAUCUCAUAGUGAACAAAAUUCACCCUGUUUCGGGUAAUGGAGGCACGAAAAACACCCAGUUUCACCUGCACAAUUUUUUCAAACUCUGAACUGAUGUAGGCAACGUUUCAGUUGUAAGAUACAACUUAAUACCGGUGUUCAGACGAAAUAAACCCGGCAGUUUUCACCCUUGGCAAUGCCAUUAGGCUUUACCACGCCGGAAGCUGGCGAUGAGCCUCGUUCUGACUCAUCGAACUCCGUAACGUAGUUACCGUUGCCGUUAUCGACGUCCCUUCUGUUUUCAACAGAAAAACGAUCGCUUUUGCUCCGCUGACCUCUACGUUUCGCUCACUGCUGUAUCAUUCCAAGUGUGUCUUCUUCCAAGAUGAAUACAAGGCUUCACAUUCAAGCUCGGGAGGACAUAAUUCGCUAUUAUGGCACUCCUGCGGCUGUGAGUUUGUGGCCGUCUCAGGAUGAGGAGUCCGACUGUCGUUCCCUGGCUGUGUCCCCUUCCCGUUGUCCCGACCCCCUGAGCGUUUUCACUCCGUUCUGGGCCCGCCCUGUCUACGGUGAGACGCUCCCCGCCCCCGUCACCAUCAACCACGCCGCUUACUAUCCUGCCCCAAGUGACGACGAUGACAGUGACUACUGGGUGUACGAGGACGAGGACGACCACAGCUUUGUGGAUGACAGAGAGAUUCAUCCCCUUAGAAAGGCGCUGACGAGAGCGGCUGCCUUCUUUAGGAAGAUCUUCUCUUAGACUCCUUAUCCUUUUAAUGUCUGAAUGUGUGCAAGUGAGUGAAUGAAUGAGCAGGUGUGUAUGUAUGUAUGUAUGUAUGUAUGUAUGUAUGUAUGUAUGUAUGUAU